AUGGGAUUCAUCGGAGUCUACUCCGCUGUGUACGAUUACCAGCCUCAGGGAGAGGGUGAAUUGGAGAUUCACGAGGGAGAUCUGCUGUAUGUCUUGGAGAAGAAUUCCGAUGAUGAUUGGUGGAAGGCGAAAAAGAAGGCCGAACGAGAUGAUGAAGAUGAGCCGGAAGGCCUAAUACCGUAUAACUACGUCGAAGAGGUGCAACCGAUUCACCAGGCUAAGGCUCUUUUCGACUACACACGACAAACGGAUGAAGAAGUUUCGUUCUCGGAGGAUGCGGAGCUCUUAGUGUACGACACAUCGGAUCCAGAUUGGAUUUUGGUCGGAGUCAACUCCGAAUUUGGAUUCGCACCAUCAAAUUACAUCGAAGUCAUUGGAGAUGUCGCUGAAAGCUUUGCUCCCCCGCCUCCUCCAGUCGAGCCCGAAGCGCCGUCUCUUCCCCAAAGGCCCACUCCAACUUCAUUUGGAGAGGACGAAGAGCCAAAUUUACCUUCUCCUAUUCACGCAGAACACAAUCCGGCUGCAGCCGCAAUCGCGGACAUAAUUCAUAAACAACACGCCCCGGCAAACAAUCAGGACUAUAUACGAGAGACACCGCUCCCGCAACUGCCGACUCGGCCCUCGCAUGAACAAGAUGACCGCGAGGAAACGCCCCCGCCUUCACUACCCCGCCGGCCGCCAUCAGAGCAAAUCACUACCCCGCAAAUGCCUUCAUAUUCACCCGAUGUAUCUCCUGUUCCUUCUCGUCCUAAGAGUGCAGCACCGUCAAUGGACCGUGAUGGUGGCCAUGUUAAAGCUUCACCUCCAUACAAUCGGGCUGGUGAGUUAACGCCGCGUUCACCUUCGGGCUACCACAUCUAUAAUAUCAACGAGAUGGUUGAAGUAAUGGGCAAGCGGAAGAAGUUCCCGACCACAUUGGGUAUUAAUAUGGUUACUGGAAUCAUAUUUAUCUCGCCUGAGGGUGAUGACAACCAGCAGGAGUGGACUGCGGAGAAGCUCACUCAUUAUUCCAUCGAAGGAAAACACGUCUUUGUGGACCUCGUUCGCCCCAGCAAGAGUAUUGAUUUUCAUGCGGGAGCUAAAGACACUGCACAGGAGAUCGUGGCUGCACUCGGAGAAAUUGCUGGAGCCUAUCGCGCCGAGGGCCUGCGAGAAGUUCUCGAGGCUGGGAAGGGAGGUGGCCAGAAAAAGGGCCAAAUCUUGUACGAUUUCGUGGCACAGGGUGAUGAUGAGGUGACUGUGGCCGUGGGCGACGAAGUUAUCAUUGUUGAUGACACCAAGUCUGAUGAAUGGAGCAUGGUACGACGACUACAGAAUGGUAAAGAAGGCGUCGUGCCCAGUAGCUACGUCGAGAUCACUGGCUUUAUACCCGCUGCAUCACCCAUUGUGAAUGAGCCUGGAUUAUCGACUGUAGAAAAGAAUCGCAUGGAGGAGGAUAGGCUGUUAAAGGCUGCUAUUUCAAAGCCACGAACUGAUUCAUUGGACUCUACGGGGCGCUCCAAGCGUGACAGCAAAGUCAAAUCUAAGCCUGACCCAAGUAAGGUGAGAAGGUGGACAGACCGUUCCAAGUCUUUCACUGUUGAAGCACAGUUCAUUGGGUUGCAGGAUGGAAAGAUUCACCUUCAUAAAGUGAACGGGAUCAAAAUUGCGGUUCCCGUUACGAAAAUGUCUAUUGAGGAUCUGGAGUAUGUAGAGAAGACUGCCGGCAUCUCUUUGGACGAAGACAAACCACUUUCGAACAUUCGGGAUCGAGGUAAUGCAGGUGCUUCUGUAAAGCGUCCGGACUAUGACUGGUUCGACUUUUUCUUAAAGUCCGGUGUUGGACACCACCAGUGCGAGCGCUAUGCUCAAAACUUCCUCAAAGAUUCGAUGGACGAGUCUGUCCUACCUGAUAUCACACCUGAAACUCUUCGUACUCUGGGUCUGAAGGAAGGCGAUAUUUUACGGGUCAUGCGCUAUCUAGACACCACCCUUGGUCGCACUGGCAAAUCCAAGCUUCGAAAUGUGAGCUUUGGCGGAGAGGAGGUCAUUGGAAAUGGCGAGGAAGGAGGGCUCUUUGCUGGACCGGGCGGUAAGCUGCGUAACAAUAGCGGCAGAGCACGACCAACGCCAUCAGCUCAAGCCGGUGGUGUUGUUGAUCCCAAGGCAUUUGAGCAACCGGAUGACUCAAAGCCGAAGGAGGAGCCUCUCUCUACUCCCCCGCCUGAUCCUGAGCUAGAGAAGCCUGUGCAGCGUGGAUUUGAUGAUAAUGCAUGGGAGGUCAAACAACCCACACAGUCCGCUGUUUCCGCUCCUACUCCAAGCCCUGCAUCCCCAGCAGCAUCUCAGCCGCCAGUUCAGAAACAGAUCACUGGGGCGAUGGCAGACCUGACCGGGCUUCAAGCUCCUUUGCAGCCUACCCCUGCGCAGCCAGCCCCUGCUCCACAACCUGUGGAGACUAUUCCUGCUCUUCAGCCACAGCAAACUGCUAUGCAACCUCAACAUACGGGGGCUACACCUGGAUUUUUUGCUCAAAUCGCGGCACAGCAGCCCCAAGGCUUCAGUCCACAACAGACCGGAUUCCAGCUAAACCAGGCUCGACAGCGCCCGCAGGCUCCGCAGAGUGUGACUCAAAACUCGCUUCUUCCCCCUCCGCCACCACGCCCGUUGUCGGCACCACAGAACUUCUCGCAGCAGCAAAACUCCUUUGGCCCCCCUCCGUUGCAGCCUCAGCUGACUGGGGUUCCUCUUCCUGGUCCCCAGGUUGCUCCUCUUGGUCAGAGCUUGGCCGAGUUGAACCAGCAACAGCGCUUCCCCCAGCAAAUGAUGCAGGCGCAGCCUACUGGAUUCAUGGCUCAAAACCAACUCCAGAACGGCAUGAUGCCCCAGCAGACAGGUGUGGCGCCUCAGAUGACCGGUUUCACACCCCAGUCACAAUUUGGUAUCCAACAGCAGCAGCAGUCAUUCAUGAAUGGUCAGCCAGGGCCAAACCAGCCAGGCUUUCAGGGAAUUGCUACACAGCCUACUGGAUUUGGUGGAUUCGCGCCUCAACAACAGCCUAUUCAGACCGGCAUCAACUCAAUUCUCCCCCCCGCUUUACAGCCUCAGCCAACUGGCAUGAACGGGUUUGGAAACGCUUCAUUCUCUCCUCCAGCAAUUCCCCCUAUUCCUCAACAGCCGACUGCCACCCCCCUAGCACCUCAGAAGACCGGCCCUCCUCCUUCUAUCAGAUUUGGUGUGAAACCGGAUGUACCCAAGAAGAUUGCCCCGCAGCCAACAGGAAUGAGGGCAAACCUUUCGCAAGCUACACCUACGAAUCCUUUUGGCUUCUAA